AUGUCCAACCUCACCCAAGAGCAAAUUAAAGUCCUUGAGCAAUCGCGGCAGCGUCUCGUGCAGCUCACUCGCUCACUAGGCUCCCUGAUCGCAAGUCUAAAUCAAAGCGACCCUCUUCCGCCGUGGACCUCCCUCCAAUCCCAAGCAAGCAUCAUCUCCAACAACCUCAUUAGCGUCUCCGACCAACUCUCCGACCAACGCGACCUCCUCUCCAACCUAGUCGCCUACCCAGGCCCAGAGUACCCGGGCCGAACACAAGCAAACACGCUCGAGCAACUCCUCCGCACAAAACUCGAUCCCCGCGUCGAAGACUGGGUUGCGCGCGGCCGUGCAGCCGGUACAGAGUCCACCGCAGGGCCGUCUAAUUUCAGCUCCGAUUCCGAUGCCGCGCAUAAACCGCUGAGCGAUGCGCAGCUCGCGGAGCUGUGGGAAUGGGCGCCGCUGGAGGCGAACCAGGAAGCGCGGCGGAGGAACUGGGGUGGGAAUUUUACACUUGAGGAGCGCGAGGCUGGGAUUGAGAAUGUUGUUACUGGGUUAAGGAGGCAAUUGCAGGACGAUGAUGGGGAGGAGGAGAGUGAGGAUGAGGAUGGGGAUGGGGAUGGGGAUGAGAUGGAUGUUGUUGGCGUUCAUCGGAAGCCUGGUGCUGCUGAGUUUGAGUUCAAUAUUGCUACUCACCAUCCGCAUCCUGUUCAGCCGUUCGUGCCGCUGGAUCUUAUUUUGAGAUAUAUGACUACUGGACGGAUGCCAUAG